UUAUUCAUUCUCAACCAAUUCCGAACUUGAGGCUUGAAAAACUCAACAAACAACACGCCACAUAUAAACAAUAACUCGUUCAACGCAACUCGCUCUUCUCUCUCUCUUUCAUUGCAACUCUUUCUCUCUCUCUCACUCCUUCCUUCCAUUUCCAUUUCCACUUCAUCCAUGGCAGGGGAAACAGAAUCCUUCAUCGAUAAGGUAGAAGAGAAAUUUCACGACCACAACUCUGAUUCAGAUUCAUAUUCCGAUUCCGAUGAUGACCACAAGAAGAGGCCACCCAAAUUUGCCUCUAAAGCCAACACUGUUUACCGUCUCUUCGGUCGCGAUCGUCCCGUUCACAAGGUCUUAGGCGGUGGAAAACCUGCGGACAUUUUACUAUGGAGGAACAAGAGAUGCACGGGAGUGGCACUUGGUGCUGGAACUGCAUUGUGGAUUUUCUUUGAGUUGAUGCAAUACCACCUCAUAACUCUUGUUUGCCAUUUAAUGAUUUUGUCUCUCGCGGCCCUUUUCUUGUGGUCUAAUGCAUCUGUCUUUAUCCACAAGUCUCCACUGCAAAUCCCACAUAUUGCAGUUCCUCAGGAAUGCGUUCUUGAGGCUGCUUCUGUUCUCAGAGUUGAAAUUAACCAAAUGUUCACUGUUUUGAGGGAAAUUGGAACUGGGAGAGAUAUUAAGAAGUUUCUUACCGUUGUUGCUGGGUUGUGGGUUAUCUCAGUUAUUGGCAGCUGGUUCAACUUCUUGACAUUGUUUUAUUUAUUCUAUUUAUCAUUGUUCACAUUGCCACUGGUGUAUGAGAAACAUGAAGACCAGGUUGAUGCACUAGCUGAGAAAGCAAUGAUAGAGAUCAAGAAACAGUAUGCAGUGCUUGAUGCUAAAGUUUUGAGCCAGAUACCAAUUGCGGGGUUCAAAAAGGAUUAGAAUACAUUAUCUCUCAGGAUUAGCAGUUUUGUUCAGAUGUCAAAUUUAUAAGACUUACUUCAUUUUGGAUUAAUUGAGUCAAAUAUAGUUUUAGGAAUAAAAGUCCUCGUAGUCCCAGCUUUAUUUUUAGGUUUAUCUUGACUUAUUUAUCAGUAGCAUCCACAUUUUGUUUUCCACAUUGACUUCAUGAAUGUGUACUCCAUGUCAUCUAAUGAAGUGAUUGCCAUGUUUAAUUUCA